AAAACUGCGCUUGCGCUUCUUUUGUUGUGUUGAUUGAAUGUUAAAACUUGAAAUUAUUCUGAUUUUAGGAAGGAAUUUUUACUUAUCUAAUGUUAUGUGUUUGAAUAAAAGUGUGAUUUGCUUGAAUCUCUUCUAUUAGUUUAUUUUUUCGUUUUGACAAGACUUCAUUAACGUGGUUAUUAUUUAGGAUUCUACAAUUACUGCAUUUAAACCGUUGAACCAUAAUGUCACGAGACUUCAAUGACCUGCUUCGUCAAGCUGAGCAGUUAUCUGCUAAAAUCGAUGGCACAGAAGAAUUACCAAGAGUCGAAAGAUCAUUGAGACAAGUUUUGGACGCUUCUCAUGAAUUGUGGUCCAAAGUCGCAACUACUGGAUCUCAGGAUAUCCAUGCAAAUCUUCUUUUGGGGACUAAAGGUGUAGAUUUGCCCCAGCUCACUCAAAAACUAGAGACUCUCAGCUCUAGAAAAACAUUUGAACCACUGCAGCCAAUCGCUGAUAGUGACAUUCAAAAUUUCUUGAAAAACGAAUCGGAAAACGCCAUCAUCUCACUUAUUGAAUCCACGCAUCAUAAGACAUUUGAAAGGCUCCAUGAUCGACAUAGGAAAAAGGUUAGACAAGAAUGGCAUGCUGAAAAGUUGAAGUUGAUGAACUCUCUGCUGGGAUACUCAAAACAUGUUAUUGAUCUUCCAACUCGCCCAGAGAAAAGUAUUCUUAAUGAAAGUGUGUAUGGAGCCAAAAGCUGCCUGGAUCAGCAGGAGAUGGCCUAUGCGCAAUGCGUUAUUGAGUAUAAUCAGGCAGUAAUCGAGGGAACUGUCCGGCCAAACCUCAUCAAAUCUCUCACCACUGUUGCUACUAAUUUCAAUGAUCAGAAAGUUAGUGAACUGUGGAACAUAGUGGAUUCGAUGACUCAGUUACCUCCUCAAUUGAUGGGCAGUCCUCUAGAAGCCAGAACAUCUCCAAACAUGGUUGACGCACUCAUUCAUCAAGCAAGAACCUAUUUGGAAAACCGAUACAAAGAGUACAUGUCGAGCAUAAUAGCGUGCAACAUGAGGGGUGCGAGGCGGGGCGGGGUGCCGGGAACCUACUCGCUGGUACGAGGCUUCGUGGCGGUGCGAGUGCCGGCGGCCAUGCUUGGCCUCGACACCUCCAUCAGGGUGGACGACCAGCCGCUAUGGCCUCUCAUCUACUACUGCCUGCGCUGUGGCAGCAUAGCAGCCGCUCUCCAGUGUGCACAGCAAGCUGGACCAGGUAUGGAAGAGAUGUGCCAAGUUCUUGAUGAACUGAAAUCGAGCAGUGUUCAUCGGCUCAGUCCCAAAAUGGAAAAACUUGUCCGUACUCAGUACAGAAGAGCUGUCAGAAACACAACUGAUCCUUACAAGAGAGCUGUGUUCUGUGUGCUUGGUGCCUGUGAUGUGAACGACGAACACAGUGAAGUGGCGAAAACAGCUGAUGACUACCUCUGGAUGAAACUGUGUCAAGUCAGAGAGAGCGCAGACAACACAGACUCUGGAGAUCAAAUAUCGUAUUCGGUUCUUCAGUCCCUUGUGCUAGAAGAGUAUGGAGAAAAACAUUAUAACGCGAACGACCAACCACACGUAUACUUCCAGCUGCUAUUUUUGACCGGCCAAUGGGAGGCAGCAAUCGACUUCCUCGUCAGAUCGGACAGGCUGCGGGUGCACGGUGUUCACAUGGCCAUUGCUUUGCAGCAACUUCAUCUCUUGGCAAUGCCAGCUAGUGUCAAGUCGCCAUUGUUGGUAAUAGACCCGAAAGACUCUGUGCCAAUGCGACGUAUCAACCUAGUGAGGCUGAUUUUGAUUUAUGUUCAGAAAUUCGAGAGCCAUAAUGCUCGUGAGGCCCUGCACUAUUUCUACUGUUUGAGGAGUCUGAAGACGCCGUCGGGCGACAACAUGUUUGUGGAGUGUGUGAGCGACUUGGUGAUGGAGACGCGCGAAUUCGACGCCAUUCUCGGGCGUCUCGGCGCCGACGGCUAUCGGCUGCCUGGCCUCAUCGACGCUUUCAAUGGAACCGAAGAUAACAUAACUGCUAUCAUUGAACGAGUGGCAGGAACAGCUGAGAAACGUGGUCAAUAUGAAGACGCCAUCACUCUCUAUGAUCUUGCUGGCAUACAUGAAAAAGUGCUCUCACUCAUGUCAACGCUGUUGUGUCAAAUCGUUGCUAAACCUGACAAUGAACCAGGAUCGUUGAGAAGCAGAUUAUCUGUGUAUGCUGAAAACAUUUCUGAAAGGUACAAUGGAAUACAGUUGAAUUGCAGGGCUGAGACUGCCGCUACGUUCUACACACUUCGUGAUCUCAUUGUAUUCUUCAAUCAGUUCUCCAAUCAACAGUAUCAGUUGGCUCUAGAGACGAUUCAGAAGUCUCAUUUGAUUCCAUUGUCAAAUGAUGAGGUUGAAGAACGAGUGAGUAAAUUUGCGAGGCUAGAGGAAGAAAUCUGCAGGAUCAUUCCAGAUAUUCUGUUAGCAACGAUGAACAUUCUGUACUCCCAGUACAUGCAGUUGAGAGGAGCAAGUCAGGCUCAGGGGCACCUCCAGGACCAAAGCAGAGAAAAGCAAAUGAACUUCCUGCGAGAACGUGCGCGAGCAAUCACCAGUUUUGCUGGCACCGUGCCCUACCGAAUGCCAGGUGACACCAACAGCAGGCUCGUUGAGAUGGAAAUUCUCAUGCAUUAGAACUUAACCAUACUUAUAUUAACUUAAUUCCAUUUCUUUAUUUUGUUGUUCUUGAAAUAAAUAGGUACAUUUUCUCAUUAAAUACGUUCAAUUUA